AUGAUGAACCGCCGGCUUGUGCAUCUGAUAGCCCGCGCCACCAUCGGCGGCCGCCAAGCCUACACGCUGCACCCCAUCGACCCAUCGACCUUCUUCCAUGACCGAACGAAACCAAGCGGCGCGGACGAUGAUGGAACGACGAGCAUGGAGGAGUUCCAGCCGCCCCCACCGGCCAUGACCUUCCUCGGACCGGACACGGAACCUCAAGACAUGGAUUUCAUGCCCGUCGGCGAGAAGGGCGUCCUCGCCGUGGACUGCGAGGGUAGCGCCGCCCUCUACUCGGCCUCCUCGCAGACCCUGAGCACCAUCCCCACGCUGCGAGCUCCAAAGGUUGAGCCCGCCUUUUUCCCCGUCGGUGACAGCCGCCUGUACGUCAUGGACCGGAAGCCUCGGCGAGAUCCCCGCCGCUGCUUCGUGGCCCUCAUCCGUGGGCGGGAAUCCGGCCUCCGCUGUCGGAUGGAAUGGCACUGGCGAUCCCUCCCGCCGCCACCCUACCUGGCCCCCACCCGCUGGAACGACGACGACGACGACUACUCUGACUUGGACGAUGACAGGCAAGCCAUGGUAGACGACGACGGCCCCAAGUCCAGUAUGGUGGUGGAGGGCGAGCUGGGCGACAUAGCGGGGCACACGAUGGUCGGCGAUUCGAAGAUCUGGAUAUCCACGGCCCGCGCCGGCACCUACACCUUCGACACGGGCAGCGGCGCCUGGGCGCCCCGGCCGUUGUACUGGAUGCUGCCGUUCCGCGGCCGCGCCGAGUUCGUCCCGGAGCACGGCCUCUGGUUCGGCUUCUCGUCACUGAACAACAAGCUGUGCGCGUUCGACCUCGCCGCCGCUUCCGAGACGAGGCCGCCGGUGCUGAGGGGCCAGUAG